AUGACGAGCCUUGUUUACAAUUUAGGAUUGAAAAAUGACUUUAUGGAGAUAGAACGGUGGGAAUUAGCUUCACCUGAUCGGGAAACAGCACAACAAACUUUGCAAAACAUUAAAGAUAUUGUUUGGAUAGUAGGAGCCAGUGGUAUUCGUUCAGCCAUCCAUAUAUGGAGUACUAAAACUUUUAAUUUACCAAAAAUUCCACGCUUGUAUCUUGAAAUGAUUUGUAAUUUAAAUGAUAUAGAAGAGAAUUCUGGUUCCUUAAAAUCAGCUUUAUCAUUAUUUUUCGAAGAUGAUUCUUUUUCAAUAUUAAACAAUCAAUAA